UCACCGUUUGGAUCAAAGCAACGGCUCUGAUUGCAUACUGAUGAUAGAUAGCUUUGAUUCCACUUCACGGACCCACCUCGACAACAACACUAGUACUACCUCCCCUCUCUCCCAUUUCUGCCCAAAUUUCAUUUCAAAAUGACAAUUUGAAGAUCCAAACAAAUUUCAUGAAAGAUCUGAAAACAAUGGUGGGAACAGCUAACGGCAGCAGAACUCCAAUCACACCACGCCAAGCCUUUUCGGUUGUUAAUGGCGGUCAAGAUCCGGGUCUGCGGUCCGGACCCGGAAGCAUUGCCGGGUCGGAUUGUGGAGGGAUGGAGUUUACCAGAGAAGAAGUUGAUGCCCUGUUGAAUACUAAGAUCAGAACCAAAGAUAAGUUCAAUCUCAAGGAAAAAAGUGAGAUGAUGAUGGAUUAUAUUAAAAAGCUUAGAAUGUGUGUAAGAUGGUAUCAAGAAUUUGAAGGGGGGAUUUCUUUGGAACAUGAGAAGCUUAAGAAGCUGUUUGAAUCUGCAGAAAAGAAAUCUAAUGAUAUGGAGAGGCUAAUGAAUGAGAAGGAAGAAGAGCUGAACUCGAUAAUCGAGGAACUGCGAAUGAAUUACUCUGUUUUACAGGACAAAUUCACGAAAGAAGAGGCCGAGAAGUUGGCUGCAAUUGAAGCCUUAGUGGCCGAGAAGAAUGCCAGGAUGACAGCCGAAAGAUCGCAGGCCGCCCUCACUGAAGAUCUUGAAAAAGCUUUAAGAGAAAGUUCGAGCUCGAAUCAGAAGAUAAUGUCGCUCAAUGAUAUGUACAAGCGAUUACAAGAGUACAACACGAGCUUACAACAAUACAAUAGUAAGCUCCAAACCGAGCUUAAUCUAACAAGUGAGACCCUUAACAAAGUCGAACGAGAAAAGGCCGCUUUAAUGGAGAAUUUAAGCAACUUACGUGGCUACCAUGAGUCUCAGCAGGAUCAGUUGGUUUCUACCAAGGUGAGUUUAGAAGAGUCAUUAAAGCUAAAAGAUGCUUUAGCUGGUGAAGUUGGAUCCUUGAGAGGAGAUUUGCAUCAAGUGAGAGAGGAUCGUGAUCGACAGUUGUCACUAGUUGAAGAUCUAACAUCGGAAGUGGUGCAAUAUAAAGAAUGUACAGGAAAAUCCGCAGCUGAAUUGAGUUACCUAACAUCGAGAUCAACUGAGCUCGAGGCAACAUGUGCUUUACAAACCGACAUGAUAAAAAAAUUGCAGGAGGAACUUGCUAUUGCAGAGAAGCAAUUGGAGAUAUCGGAUCUAUCAUCAGUUGAGAUAAAAACAGGAUAUGCAGAACAAAAGAAAGUUAAUUCUGAGCUACAAAUUCGUUUGGCAGAGGCAGAAUCAAAAGUUAUCAAAGGAGAAGCCUUAAGGAAAAAGAUGCAUAAUACAAUACUGGAAUUAAAAGGAAAUAUUCGAGUUUUCUGUAGGGUCCGGCCCCUUUUGUUAGAUGAUGGUGUGGAAAAUGAAGCAAAAACGAUUUCUUUCCCCACAACAACCGAAGCUAUUGGUAGAGGCAUUGAAGUGAUGCAACAUGGGCAAUGCCAUCCUUUUAUGUUUGACAAGGUGUUUACGCCUCAAUCUUCACAAGAAGAGGUGUUUGUUGAGAUAUCACAGCUUGUACAAAGCGCACUCGAUGGUUAUAAGGUUUGCAUCUUUGCAUAUGGUCAAACAGGAUCUGGCAAAACACAUACAAUGAUGGGUACACCAGGAAGCUAUGAUGAUAAAGGACUUAUACCGCGUUCUUUAGAACAGAUAUUUGAGGCUCGACAAAAGCUGAAAGAGCAAGGAUGGAAGUAUGAAAUGCAGGUUUCAAUGUUGGAAAUAUACAAUGAAACAAUACGCGAUUUGUUAUCAUCAAACAAAUCUAGUGUUGCAGAUAGUGGCAGCAAUAAGCAACAAUAUGCAAUCAAACAUGAUUCAAAUGGCAACACCCAUGUUUCAGAUUUGACCAUUGUAGAUGUUCGCAGCAGUAAAGAAGUCUCGUUUUUGCUAAACCGUGCGGGACAAAGCAGGUCUGUGGGUAAAACUCAAAUGAACGAGCAGUCUUCAAGAAGUCACUUUGUAUUCACUUUGCGGAUAUCAGGUGUUAAUGAGAAUAUGGAGCAACACGUACAUGGUGUUCUUAACCUCAUUGAUCUUGCUGGUAGUGAGCGUCUUUCCAAAAGUGGAUCCACCGGGGAUCGGCUUAAAGAAACUCAGGCUAUCAACAAGAGUUUAUCAUCAUUGAGCGAUGUCAUAUUUGCUCUAGGAAAGAAGGAAGAGCAUAUACCUUUCAGAAACUCAAAGCUCACAUAUCUUCUUCAGCCUUGCUUAGGUGGGGAUUCAAAGACGUUAAUGGUGGUCAAUGUUUCUCCUGAACCAUCCUCAGUCAACGAGUCACUUUGUUCUCUUCGGUUUGCUGCAAGAGUGAAUGCCUGUGAGAUCAGUAUUCCUAGACGCCAAACCUCAAUGAGAUAUUUGGAGCCGCGGUUGAGCUAUGGCUAGGUGAACGCGAACCCACUGGAUCUGGGUUGACACGUGAUUAGUGAUUAUUAGCAUAGAACCGAAGCCUUGUUGUAAGUUCUAACAUCCUACUGCCUGUAAUGUGUAUAGCAAAAAGAAAGUUACAUGGUUUGCGACGGUGAAGAAUGAUAGCUUUUAGUGGUUGUGACCCGCGAUUUGUAA